AAAAGUAAAAAACCGGUAAUCUGGAAAGAAUCUGCAAUAUAAAAUGAAGGCUCUGGAACCCAGGAAUACAUAUCACAUUCAGCGUUUCCAAUCUCAAAGAGACGUCGAAUUGAAAAAAAAACUACGAUUAGAAGAAAAUACAGAUUCUAACUCAAAAUGAAGAUAAUUUCUUCUUCGCUGUGUUUGUUGCUGGUGACAAUAUUUGCUAUAACCAACGCCAAAGAUAACAAACAGAAGACACAAUCUUGGAAAGCUCCUCCAAAUACGAUACGAUUCAAAAGAUCACCAAAGCCAGAUUGGGAAGUAAAUCCUGGAGCUAACGGUGAUGGAAAUGGUAACACCAAUGCUGGUAUAGAAGUAAGAAAUAACGGCAAAGAUCACGACUUUCAGGCUGGAUGGAGCAAAGUUGUCCAUGGUCCCAAUAGAGCUAAACCAACAUGGCAUGUAGGUGGUAGCUUUAGAUUCCCACGAUCACCAAAGCCAGAUUGGGAAGUAAACCCUGGAGCUAACGGUGAUGGAAAUGGUAACACAAAUGCUGGUGUAGAAGUUAGAAAUAACGGCAAAGAUCAUAACUUCCAGGCUGGAUGGAGCAAAGUUGUUCAUGGACCCAAUAGAGCCAAACCAACAUGGCAUGUAGGUGGUAGCUUCAGAUUCUCACGAUCCCCAAAGCCAGAAUGGGAAGUAAAUCCUGGAGCUAACGAUGAUGGAAAUGGUAACACUAAUGCUGGUGGAGAAGUCCCAAGGCCAGAAUGGGAAGUAAAUCCUGGAGCUAACGGUGAUGGAAAUGGUAACACUGAUGCUGGUAUAGAAGUAAGAAAUAAGGGCAAAGAUCAUGGUUUCCAGGCUGGAUGGGACAUGCACAUGCCAUGGCUAUAUGGUAUGUAGGUGGCACAUGGAAGUUUUAAAAUUGUAAUAAUUGUAAUUGAUAAAAUGUAUAAUAAUUACGUUAAUUAUAAUUGAAAUUAUUUAUUUUUUACAUUUAAAAUAA